CAGGGCUGUGGCGAGUAUUAUACUGAAUAAAGUUGAAUUUUAACCCUUUCGCCUCCAGGAUCUAUUCGCCAUCAUCAUGAACUUCCUCCUGGAGACGCUCCAGGUGCUCUUCUUGUCGCUGGUCUACACGUUAGAAGCGCUGGUUCGGUUGUUUGUCCCGGUUCGGCGGAAGAGCGUGUCCGGGGAGCUGGUGCUCGUGACCGGCGCGGGCAGCGGGAUCGGCCGGCUCAUGGCGCUGGAGUUCGCGCGCCUGGACGCGCGCCUGGUCCUGUGGGACAUCAACGAGGACGCGCUCAAAGAGACCGCGCGCGCGAUCAAAGACGAGCUCGGGGCGCGCGCGUACACGUACACCUGCGACUGCAGCGAGCGCGAGGAGGUGUAUAGGACCGCGAGCCAGGUGAAGCGUGAGGUUGGAGACGUCACAAUAUUGAUCAAUAAUGCAGGGAUUGUUACUGGGAAGAGGUUCAUGGAAUCUCCGGAUGCGCUGGUGGAGAAAACUAUGGAGGUCAACAGCCUAGCACACUUCUGGAUGUAUAAGGCGUUCCUGCCUGCUAUGAUUGCUGGUAAUCGAGGUCAUCUGGUCAGUAUAGCGAGUUCUGCUGGACUCAUCGGAGUCAAUGGACUGGCAGAUUACUGUGCGAGUAAGUUUGCCGCGGUGGGGUUUGCGGAGUCGAUGGCGCUGGAGCUGCUGGCUUUGGGUUGUGAUGGAGUGAAGACCACCAUCGUCUGCCCGUUCUUCAUCAACACCGGCAUGUUCGAUGGCGCCAACACUAAAUUUCCCAGACUCAUGCCUAUUCUUGAGCCGGAUUAUGCGUGCAGGAAGAUUGUGGACGCAGUCCGCCGGGAUCAGGUUUAUCUCUACAUGCCUCGAAGCCUUUACAUCGCCAUCGCUCUGAAGAAUUUUCUCCCCACUAAGAUCGGUGUGCUGUUGGGCGGAUAUCUGGGGGCGUUCAACUUCAUGGCUAAGUUCAAAGGUCAUGGGAAAAAGAGCGAGUAAUUUCCACCAUUAGAGGAACCAACCGGGAAACAACCAAUGAAGAGAG